GAGAGAGACAGAGAGAGAGGGAGAGGGAGAGAGAGAGAGACAGAGAGAGAGGGAGAGAGAGAGGGAGAGAGAGAGGGAGAGAGAGAGAGAGAAGUUUAAGAAGGAAAUUGAAACACAGAAGAUUUAACGUGCUACUGGUGUUGUAGCAUAAGAGAUACUGUACUGUCCCCCCUCUUCUCCUGUUCUGACGAGAGGCUGAGGUCAUGGUGACGGUGCCUGGAGCUGCCAUGGUACCUGGAUCCUUACUACCCUGCCUCUGCACCCUGCUCUGCCUGGAUCUGCUGCUCCUCCCUGGGACGGUCGAGCCGUCGGUGCCCCUGGAGGACUUCUACCCCUUUGGCCAGGACUGGGGGGAUUUCCAGACGAUCUCUCAGGAUGAUGGAGGCUCAGGUCUGGUGGAGAUCUCUGUGGCGUUCCCCUUCUUCGGUGACAGGCAUUCGGGACUCUACGUAAACAACAACGGUCUGGUUUCGUUCCUCCGAGAGGUAUCUCAGUUCACGCCAGUGGCCUUUCCCAUCGCAGGAGACCGGAGGGUUGUGGCGGCGUUCUGGGCUGACGUGGACAACAGGCGGGCAGGGCAGGUCUUCUACCGGGAGAGUAAAGACCCGUCUGUCCUCCUGAGGGCCACAGCUGACGUCAAACGAUACUUCUCUGGGUUCCCAGAGUUCACUGCGACGUGGAUCCUCAUCUCGACGUGGCACAAAGUCACCUUCUUUGGAGGGAGUGACAUCACACCGGUGAAUACGUUCCAAUUGGUGCUGAUCACCAACGGAGAGGUAUCCUUCACCAUCUUCCAGUAUCAUGACAUCACCUGGACCACAGGCAUGCACGCCAGCAGUGGAGGAGACCUGGCAGGGCUAGGAGGCAUCGCUGCACAGGCAGGUUUUAACGCUGGCGAUGGGAAACGUUACUUCAACAUCCCGGGAUCUCGUACUGAUGACAUGGUGGAUGUGGAGGGAACCACCAACGUAGGUCGCCCCGGGAGAUGGGUUUUCCGGAUCGACAAUGCACAGGUGGAGGUGGGUGGCUGCAACCACUCAGCGUCUGUGUGUCCACACCUUCGACCCUGUCUGAAUGGAGGUCUCUGUAUUGAUGACUGCAUCACCGGCAACCCUUCUUUCUCCUGCUCCUGUCUGGCUGGGUUCACCGGAAGGUGGUGUCAGAUAGAUGUAGAGGAGUGUUCGUCCUACCCCUGUCAGAACGGAGGUACCUGCUCAGACCAGGUUAACGGGUUCACCUGCCAGUGUCCCCCUGGGUUUACAGGGACUAUCUGCCAAACAGACAUUGACAAGUGUAAAGGCAGACCCUGCCUCAACGGAGCGCUGUGUGUGCCAGGUGUCGACAGCUUCACCUGUGUGUGUGAGAGUGGCUACUCUGGGACUCUGUGUGAGACAGACAUGGAUGAGUGUGUUUCCCAGCCCUGCCUGAAUGGAGGACAGUGUAAAGACCAGGUGAAUAGUUACAACUGCACCUGUCCUGUUGCCUUCACCGGGACACACUGUGAAACAGAGUUGGUGGUGGUCCAGGUGAAUUCAUCAUCGGCUCCUCAAACCGACAAUCAAACAGUGUCUUGUAAAGGGGAGGGCUGUGAGAACCGUCCGACCUGUGAAUACCUCGGCCCAGGGAACCACAACUGUACCUGCAUCCAGGGUUUCUAUGGUGACAACUGUGAAGGAGAGUGUCUGUGCCAGAAUGGAGGGGUCUGUGUGGACGGGACCUGUGUCUGCACUUCCGGCUUCACCGGAAUCUACUGUCAGUUUGAGGUGACCCAGACCCCGUGCAGUAACAGCAGGCCAUGUCCUGACGGAGGACCCUGUCUGGAGUACGGAGGAACCUACCUGUGUACCUGUCAAACAGGUGUGGCAGACCUAGAUCACAAGGACUUCUAUCCGCCCUAUGUACAGCCUCGAUCGGUCUGUGAUUCGUCCCCGUGUCUGAACGGAGGUCAGUGCUAUGAGAGAGAUGGAGGCUACACCUGCGAGUGCAAGCAAGGAUACAGAGGGAAGCACUGUGAGAAAGUCAGACUCAAUACCUGUGCCUCUGGCCCGUGUCGUAACGGAGGCUCCUGUAAAGAGGAGGCAGGGAGCUUCCUCUGUGUCUGUCCAUACAGGUUCACUGGUAAACACUGUGAAGUGGGGAGGCCAGACCCGUGCUCCUCCAGCCCCUGUCUGAACGGAGGAACAUGUUUCCACUACAUCGGGAAGUACAAGUGUGAAUGUUCCGGAGCCUUCAGCGGGAGACACUGUGACAUCAGCAGGGGAUCAGCACACUCCACAGCAGAAAUGGACUGUGGUCCCCCCCUGCAGGUGAAGCAUGCAGAGCUCCAGUUCUCCUCUACAUCGCCAGGCUCCAUGGCGCUGUACGUGUGCCACCCAGGAUACACCCCCAUGCCCAGGGCCACCCAGAGCAUCUGUGGGGGGCAGGGGGCCUGGAGCCAACCCCCUGUCUGCCAGGAUAUGGAUGAGUGUCUGUCGGGGCCCUGUAAACACGGAGGAACAUGUGAGGACCAGCCGGGUUACUACUACUGCCACUGCCAACACGGCUUCAAAGGACAAGACUGUGAGAUAGAGCAGGACAGAUGUGAGUCCAGCCCCUGUUUGAACGGCGGUGUGUGUCGGGGCUCCAGGAACAACUACCUGUGUGUGUGUAAAGAAGGGUUCUUGGGGGACCGCUGCCAGUCAUUGGAGAAUCCCUGUGUACUGCAUCCGUGUGGGAACAGAGGCCUCUGCCAGAGCGACAGGAAAGGGAACUACAGCUGUACUUGCAAAGUGGGUCACACAGGCAAGGACUGUGAGAGAGACCUGUUGCCUCCCUCUGGUCUGCAUGUACUACGGGUGGAGGAGAAUGAGGUGGAGCUGCGCUGGGACCUGCCGGACCCCUCCUCUCAGAGCCUGGUCAGUGGCUUCGCUGUGACCUACGCCCCUCUGGGUCUCCUGGGCCGUGGCAGUGGAACCAGGAAGACCGACUUCCUGGACAAGAAGCAGUCCACCUAUCAGCUGCAGGGCCUGGUGCCCGGCCUGCUAUACAACAUCUCUACGUUCUCAGUGAAACGAAACACCAACAGCAACGACAUCAGCCAGCCAGCCAUUGCUCUCAUACGCACCAGGCCACGGCGGGUGGACCAGCUUCAGGUAGUCAACGUAUCGUCCUCCCAGGUAUGGCUGAGGUGGCUGGUUCAGGCUGCUCGUCAUGCUACCGUCAGCCAGGUGCGCCUUUCCCUGGUCUCCUGGGACGGUAGUGGAGUUGCCACCGCUCUGCUCAACACCAGCACAAUGGAAUAUGCCUUCAGCUCUCUGCUCCCUGGUCAGAUGUACACGGUGGACGUUCUAACUCAGAGUGGUAUCAGACCAGACGAGUCGCCCUCCACCAGCCACUCUGCUGGACCGCUGCAAGUCUGGACCAGACCCCUCCCCCCUCAGAACCUGUCUCUGUCCCAUGUGACUUCCAACUCCGCCCUGGUGACGUGGGAUCCCCAUCCCAGGAACCUGCCAGACGGCUUCGUGGUCAAUGUGACGCGAGGCCUGAGCACCCGGAGUCGCUUCCUACCCAAUGGGAAGCUGCGAACAUAUACCCUAAGAGAGCUUUCCCCAGGACAACACUACCACCUAGUCCUCGUGGCUGUUAGGAACACAGGACAGGAACAGAUUCACAGUGUACCACAACACCUGGCCUUCACCACAUUACCGAUGGAGGAGCGACGGGGAGGGAGGACGAGGGAGAGACCGUCUGUCGGGGGAACCCCUGUGAGUCAUACUCUAGCCCCGUCUGAAUCUCAGGACCUGGGGGUGACUGGAGACAAAGAGCACUCUGAAGAGAUGCCCAGAUACACAGAACUGAUUGAUGGAAGGGGGAGGAUAACAGCUAAGUUCACGAGCCUGCCCAGAAAGGUCAUCAGACACCGCACUAAGCCUGAGCUUCCUAAUCAGUUCCAGAAGAUGGAGGAGACAACUAAUCAAAUCGGCCUUGCACUAGAGAGGAAGGAGGAAGAGGAGGGGCCUGAGUCGUCCCGGGACUGCCAGAGCCUGCCCUGCCUGAACGGGGGUACAUGUGAGAAGGGGAGCGACUCAUACAUCUGCAAUUGCGCAGCUGGGUUCAAGGGCAGGCAGUGUGAGCUGUUCUGCCAACGAUUGCCCCACCCGUGUACCCGCCUCUACUCUGAAACAAAGAGCAUGCCCGUCUGGGUGGGUGAAGUCUGCCAUUACCUGUACAAAAGGACGUUUAAAGUGCAGCAGGAUGUUUGUUAUCGGGAGAUCUGUGAACCACUGCUGAACAGAAGAACCAACAGCCAAUCAUAAUGGUUGGUGUUCUAUGAUACAUGAAAUGCUGACUGACCAGCCCUUAACCAACAGGUGUAGAUAGACCUCACAGUGAAAUGCUGACUGACCAGCCCUUAACCAACAGGUGUAGAUAGAC